CUCUUUCAAAAUUCACUUGUUCAAAGAAAAGAGAAGUAAUUUAAUAAUGUCAGAUUCUGAUAUUGCAAAAAGCCCAGUGUCAACUAAACGAGCAAGAGAAGCUAGCUUUGGCGAAGACGGUGACAACGAUGCAACCAUCAUCGAUGCCAAAGAUCAAGUAAAGAUGAUUGCUCAGUUGCAGGAACAAUACUUAAAGGAUGGCGAAACCUGGUGUCUCCUUUCUAAAGUCUGGUAUAAUCGAUGGAAACAGUAUUGCUCUCGUUUAAACAGUCCUCAACCUGAUGCUAGAAAGCUAGGUGGACAAACAAACCCGGGUCCUAUCGAUAACAUUUCUCUUUAUAAAAAUGGGAGACUUGCGGAAGAUUUAGUUUAUAACACUACGGUGUUUGGGGUGCCUUUAUGUGCUUGGAAUGAAUUAGUUGAAUGGUACGGCACUACCGCUGAUAGUUCAGAUCCCAUUGAAAGACAAGUCAUUAAUUCAAGCGAUGGUUUGAUUGUUGAAAUUUAUCCACCCCGAUUUCGUUUAUACUCUAUUGAAAACAAUGAAACGUCAUUUAUCAGUAAUCUUGACCGUUGUCCAGUCAUCACAUUAUCAGAAUCCAGUCUUGUCUACGAUUUUAUUAGUGCCGUAAAGGAUGCGUUUGAUUUAACACAGGAUACUGAAAUCCAAGCUUGGAUAUUAAAGGAAACUCCCUCAACAACCUUAAAUAUGCCGGUACAUCAACUUGGUCAAGCCGUUUUGAUAGAAACAGAUGAUAAAGAAGCCACUUUAUCUCGCUCAGGAGAAUUCGAUGUUGCGGUUGAAAUCAAGGAUAAAAGCACAGACAAAUAUCCUUCUGAUUCACUCACAAGGCAAAGCGACUCUUCUUCCGUUUCAUCCACUUCAAGUGUUUUUGCUAAUGGAUUCAAUAAUUUGACGACUUCUUCCUCGACAUCAUCUCCUCCGCCAUCUAAAAAAAAGCCUACGCGUGGUUUGUGUGGACUACAAAACUUGGGCAAUACUUGUUUCAUGAAUUCAGCUCUCCAAUGUCUUAGUAAUACGCCUCAAUUAACAAAGUAUUUUUUGGCUGAGACAUACAAAGAAGAUUUAAAUCCGGAUAAUCCGUUAGGUAUGCGAGGUGAAAUUGCUGAAGCUUUUGGACAUUUGAUUGCCAAAUUAUGGAGUGGCACUUCCACUACAGUUUACCCUAGAGAAUUUAAAAAUACCAUUGGUCGAUUCAAUUCGUCUUUUACUGGAUACCAACAGCACGACACUCAAGAGUUAUUAGCCUCUCUGUUGGAUGGCCUUCAUGAGGAUUUAAAUCGAAUAAUUAAAAAGCCGUAUAUUGAAUUACCGGAUUUCGCUGGUAUGGAGGAUAAAGAGAUAGCUGCUCGUAGUUGGGACUACCAUCGUGCUAGAAAUGAUUCCAUCAUUGUUGAUUUAUUUCAAGGCCAAUUCAAAAGUCGAUUAAUUUGUGAAGAGUGCAAAAAUGUUUCUGUUACAUUUGACCCAUUCAUGUAUCUGUCUUUACCGGUUCCUUACAAAAAGCAACUUAAAACAAGCAUCAUUUAUGUCCCCUAUGACCCGUCCAAACAGUUACAACGUGUUGUUAUUACAUUAGACAAGGAUGCAAGUAUCGCCCAAUUCCAGAAAGAAGUAGCCAAAAUCAUGUCUGUUCCGGAACCAAACAAUCUUUUGGUGGUCGAAAUGUACAAUCACAAAAUCUACAAGGUGUUCCCUCAAUAUGAGCCAGUGGCCAUGAUUACCAGUGGAGAUAUCAUUUAUGUAUACGAACUUCCUGGUCCUGUCCCUCCUAUGCCCAAGAGACAAAUGUAUAACUAUCAUCGUUCCUUAAAUGAUAAAGAAGAGGAAGAAGUACCUGUUGACGAAAACCAAUUGAUUGUUUUUCCGGUGUAUUGCGCUACCAUUGCUGAUACCACUUCUUAUGAAACUUACUCACAGUUUGGUGACCCUAUAGUGCUUGCCGUCCCCUACAAGGAUGCUAGCAAGCCUGAACUUUUAUACCAUCUUGCAUCUCAGCAUAUUGAGCGUUACACCCAAUUUAAGCUGUUUGAAGAAGUCAACGAAAAACCCAUGAUAAAAGAACUUAUUGAUGAAAAUGUUGACCAAGUAGACCAUGAAAUAUCUGAAAAUUACCAAGACAAACCUGUGUCUGAUGAUGAUUUGUCCACUAUGAAGCAAGAAGAAAUAGACGAAGAAGAGUUUAAACGCAUCGACUCAGACGAUGAACCACCAGAGUAUGAUUCUACCAUGAAGGAAGAUAUGGAAAUUGACGUGCAACCUCAACUAAUCCAUACAGCUGCUGCUGUGACUCCCGCUGGAGGUAAAAAGAUUGAACCCAUGAGCAAUUUAUUUGCCAUGAAGAUUGUGUCGGAUCCUCGUACGUACGGUAGAGAUAGCGGUGCACUAUUACCUACCUCUCAAACAUGGGGGAGCUAUAUUGAUCUUGCCGAAAGAGUACAAUUAGAAGAAACACAGCGCGAUGAAUACAACAAGCAACAAGAAGAGGUGAGUGAGAAUGACACUGAAAUGGAGGAAUCGGUUAUUAUACCUGCAACCAUGGAGGAUGAUGAGACAGUAGAAGAUGCCGCGGCGUUGUUUGCUGCUCCCACGCAAGAAGAAGGUGAAGCAGAAGAUUGUGACUCUACAGGUAAUGCUUCUUGUCAUCGUUCAGAGAACAACCAGUCCGACGACGAUAGUGAUGAUAACUUUCUCAAUCAUAUCCCGACAGUUACAACAGCCCCUAGUGCACCUCCUGCACUCCCCGCCCAACCAAAGCGUAAGGUGACAUGUCCACCUAAUACUAUCAUUCGCCAAGGUGAAGGUAUCGUAUUGGCCUGGACGAUCAAGAAAGCCAAGCAAUUGUUUGGCACCAAAUCCGAUAAAGUGUGCACAGAUGGAUGGAAAGAUGUAAAUGAUUUAGGCGAUCCUAAGCUGGAGUUAGAUCAAGGAAAUCAACCCAAAGAACUCACACUUUUCGACUGCUUAAACGAGUUCACCAAAGAAGAAGAAUUGAGUGAAGAGGAUCUUUGGUAUUGUCCUAAAUGUAAAGCACAUCAACGAGCCAGCAAAAAGUUUGAUCUUUGGCGUAUGCCUGAAAUUUUAGUGGUUCAUCUUAAACGAUUCAGCCAUUCCCGUGCGGUGAGGGACAAAAUUGAUAUCGAAAUUGAUUUCCCUACAGGCGAACUUGAUUUAACAGAUCGUGUUUUGAGUAUUGAGGAUCAAGCAAAUGUUAAGGAUGAGGAUCGAUUGAUCUAUGAUUUGUAUGCUAUUGAUAAUCAUUUGGGUGGUAUUGGAGGUGGACAUUAUACUUCGUUUGCUCAAAACUUUGAAGAUGAAGAGUGGUACACGUUUAACGAUUCUUCUGUUUACAAGAUGGAUGUUUCGCAAGUGAAGACACAUAAUGCUUAUCUUCUAUUCUACAGACGUAGAAGGCCAUUGACAAAUGAUGCCACAAGAAGCGUGGAACUGAUUAUUCAAGACGCUAAAAACAAGCAGCAGGCUGCUGAGAAGAAGGAAGAGGAGGAAUAUGCAUUUGACAAGAGAGACUCGGCUCAGAUGAUUGGUCCUCAGGAAUGUGUCAAAUCUGUCAUAGAAGAGCUUCAACCGAUUACAGAAACAGAUGUAUUAACAGAUAUCGGUGAGCCCACUGCAGCAUUAGAAUCCGAGGACGAAUUGGACGACUCGAUUGAUGAGAAGAUCAACAAUCUUUAAAUAAAAGGAUUUUUUUUUUUCGAAUAAAAACUAAUAAUAAAUAAUGUCUAGUAAUAAAAAGUUAAAAAAAAGGGUUGUUUAUUACUAAAGGCAAAGACAUCCCCUCUCUUAAACAA